AUGUCUUCCAGUUUCCAUCAUCGGUUGCCGAAAAUCGAUCUACCGAAGUUUAGCGGGGAUGAAUCGCGAUGGAUAUCAUUCCGCGACAAUUUAAUUUCGAUGAUUCACUGCAAAGAGGACAUACCGAUCGUCAACAAGCUGCAGUACCUGUUACAGUCACUGGAACGAGAAGCCAAGAAACCAUUCGAAUCGGUGGAUAUCCAAGCCGAUAAUUAUUCCUCGACGUGGGAUGCGAUUAAAAAGCACUACAACAACAAGCGAUUUCUCAGAAAGGAGUUGUUUCGAGGCCUGUAUAACCUUCCACCAAUACAGUUUGAGUCCGCACAAGACCUCAACACACUGGUUGAUGAUUUCCAGCGACACGUCAAGGCACUGGGAAAAUUGGGUGAACCGAUCGAGCAUUGGGACACUCUACUCAUCUUCAUCUUGACGAAUAAGUUAGAUUCGGCGACGAUUCGCAUGGGAGCAAGAUACUCGACAGAAGGAUGA